UGUCUCUCUCUCUCACUCACUCACUCUCAGUCACUCUCUCUCUCUCUCUCUAAAGUCGCUUCUCUCACACUCUCUGAAGCCCGUAACAUGAGCGAGAGUAUGCUUAUUAGACACCAAUACUACUUAUGAAUGUCAACACGGAGCCACCACAACCUCCGCAGCCCCACCGUCUCUCCGCCUCCUGCGACCGCCACCCCGACGAGCACUUCACCGGCUUCUGUCCUUCAUGUCUUUGCGAACGACUUGCCGUCUUGAACACCUCAAACUCUGCCUCCACCUCACGUAAACCUCCUCCUAUACCCACCACCUCCACCGCCACCGCCGCCCUCAAGGCCAUCUUCAAGCCAUCCUCCUCGAAUUCUGGCGUAGGAGGCGGGGGAGACGGCUCGUCAAGGCCCUCUUUCUUCCCAGAGCUCCGGAGGACAAAAUCUUUCGCUGCCUUGAAAAACGAGGGCUUGGGUUUUUCUGUGUUGUUUGAGCCCCAGAGGAAAUCUUGUGACGUUAGGUUUCGAAACACUCUCUGGUCUCUAUUCUACCAGGAAGACGACCAAAAGUCGUCGAAGAAGGAAACCAGAGGUGCAAAUACAGACAAUGAGGUUGUUGAUUCCAGGGAUUUAGUGUCGUCUUCCAGUGUUAGUGGUCCCGUGAAAGAGGAGGAAGUUGAGAUCGAAACCGAAAGCCAGAGCGAUAACGAAGACAAGGACAACUUUUGGGAUUCAAAAGAUCCCAAUUUAGCAUCAAAUGUCAACUCACGCUCUCACCCCUUGAACCCAAUCGAACACAGGGUUCCAGAAAUUGUUGAGGAAGAAGUUGAAAAGGAGGAAGAGCCAGAGCUAGUGCUGGAAAUAGUGCAUGAAGAGGAUAUGAAGGCAAUGAAGGACCAUAUAGAUCUCAAUGCCCAGGCCAAGAAGCCGUCUGGGAGAGACUUUAAGGAGAUGGCUGGUAGCUUCUGGUCAGCCGCGUCGGUGUUCAGCAAUAAAUGGCAAAAGUGGAGGCAAAAGCAGAAGCUUAAGAAGCGGAGAAAUGAUGGUGGUGGGUGUGUCACAUUGCCUGUAGAGAAGCCUAUUGGGUGGCAAUAUAGAGAAACCCAGUCGGAGACAGCAGAUUACGGGUUCGGGAGGAGGUCCUGCGACACGGAUCCGAGAUUCUCCCUUGAUGCAAGUCGAAUAUCCUUUGAUGAUCCGCGAUACUCCUUCGACAAGCCUCGUGCUUCCUGGGAUGGAUAUUUGAUUGGGAGAAAUUUCGCUGCAAAUACUAGAAUGCCUACAAUGCUAUCAGUUGUGGAAGAUGCACCAGUCCAUGUUUCAAGGUCUGAUACCCAAAUCCCAAUUGAAGAGCACAUAAACUCGACCAAUGAAGAUGGAACUGUUCCUGGCGGGUCUAUGCAGACUAAGGAAUACUACUCAGAUUCUUCUUCGAGAAGGAAGAAUCUUGACAGGUCGAACUCCAUAAGAAAGACUGCAGCAGCAGUAGUUGCAGAGAUGGAUGAGAUGGAGUCUGUUUCUAAGGCUAAGGUAACUCCAGCUACUGUUGAUUACUUCAAUGGACUGAAGUUACCAGAUAUGAGGGAUUCCAGUUCGAACUCAUUGAGGGAUGAUUGCUCUGAAACUUUUGAGAUUAGACUUAGAGACAAUGCAUCUGUGGUGGGUAAUGGUGUAGUAGGUAAUGGUGAACGGAAGGGAACUAAAAAGUCUAGGAGAUGGACUAAAGCAUGGAACAUCUGGGGUUUUAUACAAUGGCGAAGCAUUAACAAGGAUGAGGAUGAUGAUAGGUAUGGCAGAGCAAAUGGGGUUGAGAGGUCUUUCUCGGAGUCUUGGCAGGAACUAAGGGGAGAGCGUGACGAGGAAGCAAGGGGGGCUUUCAAUCCCAAAUUUUUGAGGAGCAACAGUAGUGUUAGUUGGAGGAAUUAUAAUGGCAUUGGUGGAUCAUUUGGUAACUUAAGGAAGAAUGGUGUUGAGACAAAUGGAAACGGAAAGAAGAAAGUUGAAUUUGUGCUGGAAAGGAAUAGGAGCGCAAGGUAUUUGCCUAAUGACAUUGAUAAUGGGAUGCUGAGGUUCUUCUCGACACCAAUGAGGGGAAGUAGGAGAGCAGGAAUGAUGAAGAGUAGGGCGAAUCAUGCACAUUCUAUUGCAAGGAGCGUACUGUGAAUGUACUGAUAUGAAAGAUUAAUAAGGUGUUCUCUUUGGUAUAAUGUUUUUUAAUUUUGGUGCAUUUGCUGUGUGAACCACACUUGCCUAAUGUAUUCUUGAGGGUUGGUUGGAUAAAAGCAUCCCAAAUUGUUAAAUUUCUUCUGAGUUCAAUCAUUCAAAGAACAAAUUUUCCUUGUCACA